CUUCCGGGUAUCUUUUGAUCAGUUCGUUUCGUCUUUGCUUUUGUUUCUUUUGAGAAAAAAUUGAGAUGUAAUCUUGUACCAGGUGAAUUUGAAAACCAUCCAGACUCAAUAUGGCAGGGAUUGGAUCAAAGAUAUAUCCUAGUGAUAAAAACUUCAUGCCUUUUGGAGGGCAAGAUUUCAGCAUGCAGUCACAGUUUAACACAGGAGGUGGAACAAAUUCAAGGAUGACGAUGAAAAGAGAUGAAUUGGAUGAGAAAAGAGCUAAAACACAGGAAAGACUAACAUUAGAGGAUGUUAGAUUUUCAGACAUGAGGAAGAAAGUUCCUUUACUCGGAAGGGUCCCUCAAAGUAAAAUGAUGGCUUCAAAUGUGGACGAAAGUUUUGAGCAGCUAAAGGAGGAUCAUAUUACUUUCAUCAAACAAAAUUUCAAGCAGUUAGAAUGUCAAAAAUUUGUUCCUGCACCAAAUCAACACAAAAUAGAGAAAACAGGAAUGUUAAAGUGUCACUGUGGAGAGUUUUUAAAAAGUCAUAUUCCACAUGAAUAUAACGUAUCUCCACACCCGUCAAAACGAAAAGUAACGACAUAUAGAUACGAUAACCUAAUUCCAUCUGAUUGGAAGCCUUAUAUUGAUCCCAACAAUCUUGGAUCUAAACCUCCUGAAAAGUUCCCUAUAGUGGAAUGGAAAGCUGAGCAGGCCAUACAAGAAAAAAAUACAACGUCUUUUGGUAAAAUAAAAUUUACAGGCAUGGAACAAGUUGGUGGCAUGAAACCUGCAAAGUACUUACGUUUAACAGAUAAAGAACAACCAGAUUCAGUUGGCCUGGCUAUAAAGCUGAUGAAAGACCACUGGAGAAUAAUGGAGCCGAACACACCUAGUCUGAUCAUAUCUGUUGUUGGUGGUGCUAAAAACUUCAAGCUUAAUGGUAAAAUGAGGGAAACUUUCCAGUCUGGUCUAAUUAAAGCUUCUCAGACAACAAAUGCUUGGCUGAUCACAUCAGGAUUCAAUAUGGGAGUGAUGAAGGAAGUAGGAUUAGCAGUGAGAGAGGGACAGUCAUUUGAAUGGUAUAAAGACAGAUUUGCCCAUGGUUUACGUUGUAUUGGAAUAGCUCCAUGGGGAUAUGUUAAAGGUAGACAUGUCUUAACAGACCACAAUAUGAAUGUAGAGGGAAAAUUUGAUAAAAUAGCUGAAUACUUGACCAGUAAUGUGAUAGAACAUGCUAAACCAGUGCCUCUGAAUUCCGAUCAUACACAUUUUAUCUUUGUUGAUGAUGGAUACAGAAACUUAUAUAGGGGUGUAGCUAAAUUUAGAGCCAGAUUUGAAAAGAAACUGUCUGAUCCUAUAGAAAAGGGAGGAGAGGGAAUACCAGUUGUAUUGAUUGUAGUAGAAGGAGGUCGUGAUGCUAUAGAGGAUGCUAAAACCUCUCUUGGACAACAUAUUCCUGUUAUCUUGUGUGAGGGUACUGGUCGAGCUGCUGACAUACUGGUGUAUGCUUACACUAAUCCAGACAAAGGACAUAAGAUUCGUAGGUCGAUAAAGAAGGCUUAUUUUGAAUUAAAGCCAGCUGAAAAAGACGACCCUAAAGCGAAACAGAAAGCUGAGGAGGGGAUUAACAAAGUUUUUGAAAGUGUCAUGAGUUGUAUUGCAAGAAAGAAUAUGAUCAGUAUAUUUCAUAUAAACAAAAACGAAGAACUUGAUAAUGAAAUACUGAAGAUUUUACUAAAAGCUAAGGCUGGUGAAGUCACAGAAAAACAGAGAUUAGAAAGAUUAAAACUGGCACUGAAAUGGGACAGGGCUGACAUAGCACAAGAAGAAAUAUUCAGGGAAGAUGCUUUGUGGAGUAGAGGAAGUUUUGAUGAGACGAUGGAGACAGCCAUAUUAAGUGAUAAUGUUAAAUUUGUACAGAUAAUUCUGAACCAAGGAGGAGUCGUGAUGAGAGAAUUUCUCACCAGCAAAAGAUUGUUAAAACUUUAUGACUUGGCAUUGAACGAAAUAGAUAUAAAUAACAUGCCUUUAAAAAAGUUAAUGAUUAAACUUGGCAUCGGCGAACAUAAAGAAAUGAACAUGCAGAAAUUGUCAGCCAUUGUGGUAUUGUUGAUGGACAAGUUUGAUUAUGACAUGGAAGAAGAAAAAGAUAAUGACGAUAAUGAUAUUGAUAUUGAUAACGAAAGAAAUAAGAAUGAACCUAAACACUUUAAAUAUCCAUACAAACAAUUGCUUAUCUGGUCAGCACUUCUUCUUAGACAGCAGAUGGCCAACUUUGCAUUAAAGAUGGGAGGUGAACCAGUGACAAGUACAGUAGCAGCUUCCAGAAUACAUUUCUCCUUAGCCAAAUAUAUCCACAGAAAUGAGUUGUCUGUCAAAAAUAAAGUCUUAGCAUAUAAAGAAGAGUUUGACGAAUUAGCAUCAGUCGUACUAGACGAAUGUCAUUCUAGAGAUCCUACCAAAGCCAUGAUGAUUGCUGAGAGGAGAUCACCAACGUGGAGUAAUAUGACAAGUAUGCAGAUGGCAGCCUCUGCUGACAAUCAGACUUUUUUGGCAUCAGUUGUAUGUCAGAAUUCUAUCAGUUCAACAUGGAAGAGGGGAAUAGGGUCUUCCUGGCAAAAGGUAUUUCUGGUGAGCUUGUUCCCCUUCCUGGCAGCAACACCACUCCUGGAUAUAGACAAACUUGGAGACAACAGGAUGUCACCUACUCAUAAGUUUCUGACGUUUCUUACUUCACCAAUAGCAAAGUUUACGUACCACUCGUUGAUGUAUUUAGUGUUUCUGGGGCUUUUUACAUAUUUUGUAUUAGUGGAGUUCCGGUUAGCUUAUGUAACACCUAUAGAAGUUGUGUGUAUUGUUUGGAUAUCUACAUUUAUUAUAGACAAUGCAUACACAUGUCUAGCAUUUCCAUCCCCUACUCUAUGGUGUACCAUCAGAGACUGGUUUGGACUGCUGAAGUUUCUAGACAUUGGAAACUGUGUUUUAGCCAUAGUAGCCUUUCUCAUGCAUUUAAAAGGAACUUAUGCCGACGAGGCAAAGUCCAUAUUUUGUGUCAAUGCUGUUGUAUUCUAUAUAAGAGUAUUGGAGGUUUAUACUGUAAACAGUAGACUAGGACCUAAAAUGGUGAUGAUUAAAAAAAUGAUUUUGGAAUUAGUGAUGUUUAUUUUAGUGCUGACUAUAUUCUUGGUAGCUUAUGGAGUAGUGAGUCAAGGAUUAAUGUUUCGUCAGAGACAAUCUGAUUGGAGGAUACUUACAGAUGUCAUUUAUUUUCCAUACUGGCAGUUUUAUGGAGAACUGUUCUUAGACGAAAUAACAGAAGACGAAAGUUGUAUGAUCCAAGUCAUUUAUAAUAUGACCAAUUCGACUGGUAUGGUUGACAUGGAUAAUUAUACUGAUAAUGGUGUUCCUGAUCAUACGUACUGUAGAAAACAUCACUGGCUAGUUCCAGUAUUCCUGGCAGCCUAUUUGAUGAUUGGAAAUGUACUGUUGCUGAACUUGCUGAUAGCCAUUUUCAGUAAUGUUUUCCAAGAAGUUGAGGUUAAUUCCAACAGAAUAUGGAAGUAUCAGAUGUAUUUACUGGUGAUGGAAUUUGAUACAAAAGCUGCACUAGUACCACCGCUCAGUAUUUUUAUUCACAUCUAUCUGAUCUUCAAAUGGAUUUUUAGACAUUCUUGUUGCAGGAAAGCUAAAGGUCGUCAAUAUGGUUCUCGUCAUUUAGAAUAUUUACAGCUGUUUGAGAAAGAACAAUUAUCUAACUACUUGAGGAAAAAGAAAGCUGAUGCUAAAAGUUCUACAGAUAUUAGUAACCUUAGUAUGCAGAAAAGAAUUGAUGAGUUGUAUAAGAUGAUAAAAGAGGAAUUGUUUGAUGAUGAACAAGCAACAGUUACCCGAGAAACUUCCAAGGCAGGAUUAUUUGAAAGUGUGUCCAGACCAAAUACAACAGGGGAGGCUACUCUCCGCAGACAGUUAUCGAAAACAGGAUCUAUAAAGGAGACAGUGCCAACAGACAAAGAGGAGGAAGACAAAAAAGGAAAGAAACCCAGAAAGAAGAAAAAGAAGAAAGCUAAAGAUGAUGAAGUUAAAUUGUUGAAAGCUAAAGAUCACGAAGAAUUGUUGUUUAAGGCUAAGGAUGAUAAAGACAAAUUGUCAAAGACGAAAGAUGAUGUAGAUAAACUGUUUAAGGCUAAAGUUGUCGAAGACAAACUGUUUACGUCUAAAGAUGAUGGAGAUAAAUUGUUUAAGGCUAAAGAUGACGGAGAAAAAUUGCUCAACAUAGACAAAGACAUACAGAAACCUGAAGCAGAGAAAAAAGUGGCUGAUUUAUUAGAAGAAAACCUAUCGGAUGAACAGUAUUCUAUGGCUCCUUCUUUGCUACCUAUUUCCCCAAGACGAAAAGCACCAACAAAAUAUUGGACAAUAAAUUCUGAUAGUGAUGAAGAGAAACGAUCAAAAUCUCAACGUAUGAACAUACAACAUGACUCCGAUGAUAAUUCUGAUUUGAACAAUUUUAAUAAAGCUAAAAAGAAAAGAAGGAGUAGAAGGAGUAGAAGUCAACCACAAGAUUCUUUCUCUGAAGAAGAUCUGAAAUUCAGAGGUUCAAAAAUACGCCAAAAGUUGAGAAAGAAAAGGUCGCGCCAAAAUGAUAGUGACUCUAAUUAGUGGUGUCAAUGAGCCCAGUGUGGUCCUUAUGUUGUUACAAUCACUUUCGAUUUUUUUGUACAGAAUAUAAAACAAAUAUGGCCAAAAAUACAUAUUGGAGGGUA